UUGUGAGUAAACAAAACGAAAACAAACCGAUUUUAAUACAAUUACAGUUUAUAUUUUCUAUAUACCUCCCAACAAUAGAUGCAAACGUAAUGAAUACUCCAUAUAAAAGAAAGAACCCAAUGGCCGACGAUAAUAAAACAAAAAGGGUGAAGAAAGAAUGCUCCUACGGUGAUAAAUGUUACAGAAAAAAUCCUGCACACUUCAGAGAGUUCAGCCAUGCACACUUAGAAAGCAUCCUAGACUCACAUACAGGAGGUGAAUAUAAAAUCCCACCAAAAUACAGUCUUGAAAGGGAAAUGAUUAAGGAACAACUUGAAGUUAUAGUUGAGAAACAGCUUUAUCAACCGAAAACCCAACAAGACAGUCUACAGCCGGAAAUCACAAAAGAUUCACAAGAAAAAACAAAUAAUUCUACUUUAGCAGAAAAAAAACCAGAGAGUAAAGAGGCAAUAGUUAAAACAAGUCCAAAACUGGAAAACAAAAUACCUAGUAAAGUAGAAAGUGGGAAUAAAAUGGAAGGUAAACUUGUAGAUGUUAAAAAACCUGAAAGCACCAGUUCAUCUUCUGCACAGAAGGAAAAGAAGGAGACACCGGCAGCAAGCAGCUCUAAAGAGAAAGCAUCAGACUACCGCCCAAUAGUUCCCCCGACUCGCCGCAUCGAGAGUUUCUUCAAGGUGGUGGCGCCACCGGGCAAGAUGGCCGCCAAGCACGCCGCCAGCGCCCCCUACCACGUGUUCUACACGACGAUAACGGACGCGAGAGAGACACAUAGACAGCCGUACUCUAUUACGUUUCAAGAGAUCCUAGACCCGAGUCUGGGCGAGCUCAAGUGCUCUCUGCAGAUUAACUUCAUGGUGGAGGUGGGGUGGCUGCUGGCUCAGUACUACUUCGCGGGGUACAGUAAUAAAAAGCUAACGAUCCUGUACGGCGAGGACUGUUCGGACCUGAAGACGAUAUCGCAGAAGAAACCUCAUGUAGACGCACAUUAUAUCACCAUGCCCACGCCGUUCGGGAAGCAUCACACUAAAAUGAUGAUCCUGUGCUAUGAGGACGGUUCUCUCCGGGUGGUGAUAUCUACGGCUAAUCUCUACAUUGACGACUGGGAGAACCGGACACAGGGCCUCUGGUUCAGCCCGGCCUGCCCCGAGCUACCACCCGAGGCCAUGCCGCACGACGGGGAGUCCCCCACCAUGUUCAAGAGAUCCCUGUUGAAGUACCUCCACCACUACCACCUGGCUGCCCUGACGCCGUACGUGGAACGAGUGAAGCGAUGCGACUUCAGUAAGAUCAACGUAUUCCUCGUGGCCUCGGUGCCCGGCUCUCACUUCGACCUCGAGUGGGGGCUCACCCGCGCGGGCUCGCUGCUGCGCCAGCACUGCCGCGCGCCGGCGGAGCAGCGCUGGCCGCUGGUGGCUCAGGCCAGCAGCCUGGGCUCUUAUGGAAAAGAACCCAAGCUAUGGCUGACAGGUGACUUCUUGCAUCACUUCACGAGAGUCAAGAAUCAGCCGGCGAUGAUCACACAACCUCCUGAGUUGAAACUCAUCUACCCCUCUUUAGAGAACGUACGUCAGUCCCACGACAACCUGCUAGGCGGCGGGUGCCUGCCGUACUCCGCCGAGCAACACACCAGGCAGAUGUGGCUGAGAGACUUCCUGUACCAAUGGCGAGCCACGCACACGAGUCGCGACAAGGCCAUGCCCCACAUCAAGUCGUACUUACGGACGUCACCCGACAACAAGAUGGCGGCCUACUACCUACUCACCUCCGGGAAUAUCAGCAAGGCCGCUUGGGGGACUAUUAAUAAGGGGAACGGCGCUCUUCGGAUCAUGAGCUAUGAGGCCGGGGUGCUGUUUCUACCAAGCUUUGUGAUAAACAAGGAUUUCUUCCCACUGGACAAGAGUGAGAAGGAUCAUCUAGUGAUUCCCUACGACUUGCCGCCGACUAAAUACACUAGCGACAUGUCGCCCUGGGUCUCGGACUAUUUACAAUAACAUAUUAAAUCGUACUUAAUUCAUGUAAUAAGAC